UAAAUUUAAUUCCUGGCAUGAAAUAUGCCACGUAUCGACUCGAAGGAUACAUAUGAAUCUUAACUUGCCAAAACGUUAAAUCUGAAAACCGUCGACCAGUUGAAGAUAACCCGUAGACGCAUCUAAUUCUGUAAUUGUAGAUCAAUCGACUGUCAUUUAAAACCAGAUAACCCAUUGAAGUUUGUAGCUAAUCCUGUAAUUGUAGAUCAAUCAAACGAAGUUCAAAUACAAAAAACAACCAUUUCCUUACUAAAAACAAAAUACUGUUAUCUGAAACAAGAUGGAUUCAAGAGAAAGCAGGAACCUACUUUAUAUUAAGAGAAUAAUUGUUGCAGUUCGAAAUGAACUUGCCAAGUUUUUUAUUAAAAAAUGGAACUCUUUUAACGAGAAAAAAUAUGGAAAAUGGGAUAAUACGACCAAAAGUGGCAAAAUAUUUUGGAAGUUGGAAUCGAAAAGGAAGUUGGAUAAGAACAUCCAAAAAAAAUAUGAGAAUGGAGACACCUCUAAGUGGGACUGUACGACAUUAUUCGAUGCAAUACUUUUUUCAAAUUCAAUUGGAAAGCAUCUUGACAAAAAAACAAAGGAUGCUGUUCAUAAACUUCGUGGUGAAAGAAACAAAGACGCUCAUUGGUAUGAAAGCGAGUACUCAGAUGACGAUUUUGACGCGAUAGUCAAUAACAUUGAAAAAUCAUUUCAAGAUUUGAAAUUUUCCUUUGAUGAAAUCGAAGAAAUAAAGUCUUAUCGAAAGAGAUUCAAUCCUUUUCGAGUUCUUCCUCCCAAAUCCAAUCAUUUUGUCGUUGAACGCACAGAAUUACGAGAUCAAAUUAUAAAAGAUCUUGAAGAAUUACGGAAAGAUAACAAUAAUGAACUGACCUAUUUUUACAUCACUGGUAAUCCUGGCAGUGGUAAAUCUCAACUUGUAAAACAGGUUUGUGAAAAAAUAUCGUGUGGUUGGACAAAUGAAGCUUCCUUUGUAAUGACUCUCGAUGGAAAAGAUGUAGAUUCUCUUUUGAAAUCUUACAGUGAACUUGGAUACUGUCUAAACUGUGACGACAUAAUGAUUAAAAAUUUUAACGAUGAAAAUUGUUGCACUAAAGAGAAAGUCAAGAACUUGCGAUCGUUAAUAUCCACUCGAUUAAAGUUUUGGCAAAGUUGGUUGAUCAUCGUAGACAACGUGAUACAGCUGAGCGAAAUUUCUCCGUUGCUACCCCAAGUAAGUGAUCCUUUGUGGAGAAAUGGACAAAUUAUAUUAACUGUCCAGAACACAGAUGCUGUACCUUACGAUGAGUUGUUCAGCAAACAUGUUUCUAUCAGUUCUGGAAUGAAUGAUGAAGAAUGUAUUCAGCUAUUGAAACAUUACACAAAAGAUGAAAGUGCUGGUGAUGAAUCGUUGAAAAUGGUAUCGCACGCAUUAGAUCGUCAACCGCUGGCUUUGGCUGCUGCUGGCUUUUACUUCAGUCGUGUUAAGAAAACAAACAGUUCGUUCACUUGGACGCAAUAUUUAGGGGAAAUAUCUUUGGGACAACAAGAAUACAUGGACGCCUCCUUUGUUGAAUUUAAUUCGGUAUAUCCUAAAAGUAUGUUACACGCUGUACUUUUAGCUGUAAGACAAAAUGCUGAAGAAUCCCCAAUGCUGGCCAAGGUUAUUUGCUUUUUUUCCAUGAUAUCGUUUGAUCCAAUACCACGAGAUAUCAUUGUUUAUUAUAUUCAAAAACGUGAUCCCGAACAAUCUAAGGAAGAUAUAUGUCUUUGUUUAGACGAAUGCUCUUUGUUAUUGCAUUCAGAAAAUAAUAAUGAAAUAAAUCUACAUCGCAUUGUUCACAAAGCAACUAUUGUUUAUCAAUCUGAAAAUGAAAAUGAAGAACAUGAAGUGGAGCAUGGUGGCAUAUCUCCUUCGUCUCAACAUGCAUUUGGUCAAAUAGCUCAAGCACUUUACAAGUUUCAUGAGAGAGAGGACCAAAUCAAGUUGAUACCACAUCUUGAAAAACUUCUUGAACUGUUCAAGACCCACAGUAUGAAAGUAGACAUGAAUAUUUUUCAAGUUUUCGAAUUUUUCACUUUAACAUUAAAAAAGUUUGCAAAAUACAAUCUUGCAUUUGAACUGUUAGAUAAAAUUAAGACAGAAGCAUUUCAAUGUGAUUUCUUUGACAAAGCCUGGUAUUUUACACAGCUCGGCGCCUUACAUCAUUGGACUGGCGAAUAUUUCAAAUCAAAAGAAAAUCAUGAAAAAGCUCUGGAAAUUAAAGAAAAAAAGUUGGGUCUAAAUUAUGUUGAUCUCGCUGUGUCUUUAAACAAUCUUGGUGUAGCUUGUGAUAAAACUGGAGAAUGCGUCAAAGCUGUAGAGUUUCAUGAAAAGGCUCUGGAAAUUCUGAAAACAUCGUCAGGACCAAAUCAUGUUGAUGUCGCUGCGUCUUUAAACAAUCUUGGUUUAUUGUCUAUUAAAACUGGACAAUAUGACAAAACUAUCAACUUUCACAAGGAAGCUCUGGACAUUUAUCAAGAAUCGUUUGGAGAAAGUCAUGUUCAAGUCGCUGAGUCUUUAAUCAACCUCGGUUCUGCGUAUUAUAAAUCUGGAGAAAUCAACCAAGCUAAAGAGUGUCACAAAAAAGCUCUGAAAAUUUUCAAAAAUACGUUAGGUCCAAAUCAUGAUUCUGUCUCUAUGGCUCUGAACAAUCUUGGUAUGGUGCAUGAUAAAAAUGGGGAAUUCGACAAAGCAAUAGAGUUUUACGAAAAAGCCCUGGAAAUGAAACAAAGAUUGUUAGGCCCUAAUCAUGUUGCCCUUGCCGUGUCUUUCAACAAUCUUGGUGCGGUGAAUGAUGAAAUUGAAGAAUAUGACAAAGCUAUAACGUGUUUCGAAAAAGCACUUGAAAUUCAACAAAAAUCAUUAGGACCAAAUCAUGUUGAUGUCGCUGUGACUUUCAGCAAUCUUGCUACAACAUAUCGUAAACUUGGAAAAGACAACAAAGCUAUAGAGUUUCAUAAAAAAGCUCUCGAAAUUCGAAAACGAUCGUUAGGUCCAACUCAUGUUCAUGUCGGUCUUUCUUUAAAAAAUCUUGGUGCGCUGUAUGAUAAAAGUGGACAAUUGAACAAAGCUAAAGAUUUUUACGAAAAAGCUUUGGAAAUUCAAAAGCGAUCGUUAGGGGCAAAUCAUGUUGAUGUUGCCGAGUCUUUAUACAAUCUAGGUGUGGUGUAUGAUAAAACUGGAGAAUACGACAAGGCUAUAGCUUCUUACAUAAAAGCUCUGGAUAUUCAAAAAAGAUCGUUAGGUUCAAAUCAUAUUGAGGUUGCUGCAACUUUUUUCAAUCUUGCUUUGGUGUAUGACAAAACUGGGGAAUACAGCAAAGCCAUAGAGGCUCAUCAACAAGAUCUGGAGAUUGUGAAAAAGUGUUCAGAGCCAAAUCCUGUUUCUGUCGCUGUAACUUCAAGCAAUCUUGGUAUGUUGUAUGGUAAAACCGGAGAGUACGACAAAGCUAUAGAAUAUCUUGAAAAAGCUCUGGAAAUUCGGAAAAAUAUCUCAGGACCAAAUCAUGUUAAUGUUGCUGAGUCUUUAUUCAAUGUUGGUUUGUUGUAUGAUAAAACUGGACUAUACGACAAAGCUAUAGAGUGUCAUAAAAAAGCUCUGGAAAUUUUUGAAAAUUCGUUUGGUUCGAAUCAAGUUUACGUCACUAUGUCUUUAAACAAUCUUGCUUUGCUGUAUGCAAAAACUGGAGAAGGCGACAAAGCUAUGGAGCUUCUCCAAAAGGCUCAAAAUAUUUUUAAAAAUCCAUAGGUCUAUAAAUCAUGUUCAAUCACCAAAUCUUUUAACCAAUUUUUUGAUAUGUACGAUAAUCCUGUAGAAUAGGACAAAUUUCAUGAACAAGCUAUAAAUAUCAUGAAUUUGAAUUUCACAAAAACUCGUUAGGAUCAAAUCAUGCUGAUGACGCUAAGUUCUUUAAUAGUGUUUGUGCAAUACAUCAUAAAACUGAAGAAUACGGUAAAGCUAUAUAGCUAUUUAGUGUUUCGUGAAAGAGCUCUAAAAAUGAAUGAAAAAAUGUAAGGAUCAAGUCAUGAUGUCAUUAAAAAUAUUUUUAUUUGUUGUAAA